UUGUUCCCCUCGUCGUCUCUGCUUACCCCCCGCGCGCGCUCACUCGUUACUUUUGCUGCGGUCAUCUGAGACGACAAUAUUACCCCACACCUUCCUUCACGCUCCGACCAGGACUUCAACGUUACGCCCGUCUUGCCACUACUUGACCUGCAUCUACCGUCAUGAAGCUUGCGACGAACUUCGUAACGCCGGCCGUUCUUUCUCUGCUCGCUUCUUCUGUGUCUGCGCUUUCGACGACUCGGAGGGCAACGACAUGUAACGGACACGCCGAGCUAUGCGACAGGAGCUUCGGUAAUGUCACCUUCGUUGGUGCUCACGACUCCUAUGCUGUUGGAACUACUGGCUUUGCCGUAAACCAGGACUACAACAUCACCCAGCAGCUGAACGAUGGCGUCCGGAUGCUGCAGUCCCAGGCGCACAACCAAAGUGGCGUCAUCCACCUUUGCCACACGAGUUGCGGUCUCUUCGACGGAGGAUCGCUGCAAGACUACUUGACUACAGUUAAAUCAUGGAUGGACGCCAACCCGAACGAUGUGGUUUCCCUCCUGAUCGUGAACUCCGAUGACGUCGCGCCCUCGGAGUUCGAUACGGUGUUUAAGGCUGCCGGGCUGGACACGCUCUCCUACGCGCCGGACUCGGCGUCACUCGCAGCGAGCGGCUGGCCCACACUCGGAACCCUCAUUGAUUCCGGAAAGCGCCUCGUCACGUUCAUGGAUGCGGAGGCGGACUUCACCUCCGUGCCCUACAUUAUCGACGAGUUCACGAACGUCUGGGAGACCGCAUACGAUGUGACGGACACCACGUUUGACUGCGCCGUGAACCGGACGCACGGCGACUCGAGCACGCAGCUGUAUCUCAUCAAUCACUUCCUGGACAAGCUGAUUGCGGGCUUCCCUGCGCCGGACUCUGACAAGGCGAACACGACGAACGCCGCGAGCGGAGUCGGCUCGCUUGGCCAGCAGGUCCAGACCUGCUCCGCCCAGUACGGACGGAACCCGAACUUCAUGCUCGUUGAUUUCUACGAGUUCGGGAAUGGUUCGGUGUUCCAGGUCGCGGCUGACGCCAACGGCGUGACUUACUCCCCGGCGACGCCCGUUGCGACGCCCCUCUUUGGCAGCACGAGCACCAGCAGCAGCUCGACCGGAGUAACUACAGGAGCGGCGAAUGGCGCCGUGGGCAUGCGACUCGGCCCCGCGCACUUCGCUGCCUCGCUCGCCGUCAUCGGGGGGAUCGUGGCAGGCGCAUUGACCGUCCUGUGAUUGCCCCGAGACGUCAUCUACUACAUUAUGCCUACGGACCGUCGGACCUCGCAUCGCUACUACUAUGUACGCACCGCAUCUGGACAUCACUAGCUACACUGGCUGUCAGCCGUAAUCGCAUCGCAUUGCAUUCGUCGUGUUUUUUUCACGCUCUCCGCACCAUACAUUCCAUGUCCGAGUCUGCGAGAAAUGAACGA